AUGACAACAAUAACUUCUUCAAGAGGAAACACAAAAGUGGUCAGUGCCAGAAGAACAGAAUUGCAUGAUGUUUCAGCUAUUAUUCGCCUCUUCAGCCAUUUUACAGAAGAAAUUUUUGGAAGUGUUGAUGUCAUGUACCUUUUAGAAAAAUCAAAUCUUGCUUUGACACUCUGCAAUGAGAAGAAUGAGGUACUAGCUCAUGCUGUCUUUUUGGACUAUCCAAAUUGGAAUAUUGUUGAUCAAUCCAAAUGGGAAUCAUUCUUGCAUGAAAACUACAUUGACAAUAAAUGUACUCCUUUGAACACAUUGUUUAUGCAUCUUUUUGUGGCAGAAGAAGAAUACGCAGCUGGAUGUUCCCAAGAAAUUUUUCGGAGAGCUUUUAUCACAGUACCAGAACUGCAGUUUAUACUUUUCUUCAUACCAGCUGAUGAGAAUUUAGAGCCAGACGUAGGAAGUGUCUUCAAAAGGAUGAUGACUGCUCCAGGUUCAGUAGUGGAUACACAGUUUACCUUGCUUGUGUGCCCAAGGCAUUUGUAUCACCCUCAGCUGUAUGUUCGCCAAGCAAGGUUGGAAGAUUAUGAUGAUCUCAUGCAGAUCUGGACACGUCAGAGUGAGACUCUGAAAGAAGCCUAUAGUGAAUAUUUCCUUGCUGAUCUCAUAGGAUGUCUAGAUGAAGAAAACCAGGUAGCUGUUUGUGAGAAUGGAGACAUUGCAGUGGGAUUCAUGAGCUUAUGUUCUCAAGUAAAUGUUUCCUUGUUUCAAGAGUGCUUUGACUUAAGGCCUUUCCAUGGUCUUUGUAAACCACAUCCUGAAGAUAUUCUCAAUAUGCCACAGAAGCCAAGGAUUGAAGAAGAUGAAGAUAAAAGCAACCAAACAAAUCAAGAAACAGAGGCUGUUUCAUCUCAAAACCUUGAACAUAUUCAUGAUCAGGAUGCAGCUGUGCAGAAAGAUGGAGCCAUUACCAGAGGCAAAGAUUUCAAAGCCUCAGCAACACCCCUCCUCAAGACUGAGGAAGAAGAUGCUUUUCGUCCAGUAUACAGAGGAACUUCAAAUGCUUUCUGUAUCCGUCUGUUUUGUAUUGAUGAGGACCAUGAAGCUAGAUCGCUGGAUUUUUUGCCUUAUGUUUUCAAGCUUUUUCCAGACAGAGACUUCUGUGUCAUCCUUGUACCACAUCAUGUACCAGAGUUCCACCUGAUCCAGAGUUUUGUUCGAGUUGUCCCCUUCUGUACUUCCAAUCUUGGUCGUGAGCUUUAUGUGUUCCACCGUGCAGGAUUGCUCAAGUGA